UGCCUGCCCGCCCCACCCCUGCCGUCCCCAGAGCGAGACCCGGGGCCAGAAGCCGUCACCCACGGGGCUGAGCUGAGAGCCAAGGCAGGAGGAGGCCGCACCCAUGGGGACCCAGCUGCCGCCGCUGGCCACCUUGUACCUGCUGGGGAUGCUGGUCACUUCCUGCCUCGGAGGACCCAGCCAGAAGGACUCAGAGAUCCCGGUGAAGCUGAGCAGCUCCAACUCGCGGUGCCAGGGCCAGCUGGAGGUGUACCACGGGGGCCGCUGGCGCACAGUGUGCAGCCGGAGCUGGGGCUGGAGCCUGCACCGGCAGGAGGACAACACAAUGGGCACGAGGUUCUGCCAGCAGCUGCGCUGCGGGGGGGCCUUGACCCUCGCCCCCUUCUCUUACUUCAACAAGCCCCGCGACCAGCUCCUCUGCCAGGGACAGCCGGGGUCCUUUGCCAACUGCAGCAGCAGCAGGGGAGACCAGUGCCUCCCUCUGGUCCUGGUCUGCUUAGAGCCCCUGAGGACUACACCUCCGCCCACGAGCCCUCCAGCCACAACCACUCCGGAGCCCACAGCUCCGCCCCGGCUGCAGCUGGUGGCAGCGCCCGGCGGCCCGCACUGUGCCGGCGUGGUGGAGUUCUACAGCGGCAGUCUGGGCGGCACCAUCAGCUACGAGGCUGAGGACUGGGCCCAGGGCCUGGGGGACCUCCUCUGUGGAGUCCUGCAGUGUGGCACCUUCCUGAAGCACCUGCCAAAGGCCGAGGAGGCAGAGGCAGCCGGGCCGCAAGACCCCCGGGUACGCUGGGAGCGCAGGCCCUUGCCCAUUCGAUGGAAGAUCCAGAAUGCCAGCUGUGCCUCCCUGGAGCAGUGCUUCCAGAAAAGCCAGCCCCAGGAGGACAGCCGGGCUCUCGCCCUCCUCUGCUCGGAUUUCCAGCCCAAGGUGCAGAGCCGCCUGGUGGGGGGCAGCGGCCAGUGCGAAGGCACCGUGGAGGUACGCCAGGGCAAGCAGUGGAGGGCCCUGUGCAGCAGCUCCUCGGCCAAGAGUGCGGCUCGGUGGGAGGAGGUGUGCCAGGAGCAGCAGUGCGGCCACUUCAGCUCCUAUCAAGUGCUGGACGCCAGCGAGAAGGGGUUCUCGUGUCCCCAGGAGAAGCUGUCCCAGUGCCACGAGCUUCUGGAGAGAAAAGGUCACUGCAAGAGGGUCUUUGUGACAUGCCAGGACCCCAACCCUGCGGGCCUGGGGACCGGCACCGUGAUCAGCAUUAUUCUGACCCUGGUGCUCCUGGCAGUGCUGCUGGUCAAGUGCGGCCCUCUCGUCUACCGGAAGCUGCUCAAGAAAUUCCGCCAGAAGAAGCAGCGCCAGUGGAUUGGUCCGACCGGAAUGAACCAGAACCUGUCUUUCCAUCGCAACCACACGGCGACCAUCCGGUCCCACGUCGAGAACCCCGCGGCCUCCCACGUGGAUAACGAAUACAGCCAGCCUCCCAGGAACUCCCAGGUCUCGGCUUAUCCAGCUCUGGAGGGGGCCCUGCAACGGGCUUCCACCCAGCCCGACAACUCCUCCGACAGCGACUAUGACCUGCGGGGGGCUCAGCAACUGUGAGAGGUGGUCCUGUCCCCGGGCUCCCUGCUGCACACCCUGGGGACAAGCACCAGCCGCUCGGCUCCUCACCUCACCCAUAAGUCCUGCCCAUAAGUGAACAGGGGGCUCUGAGCAUCGGGAUUCUUGAAGCAUCAGUGACAUGGGUGACGGAAGGUGACAUGGCAGUUGGGAGCAGAGCGGGCCACACUGAAAGAGGCCCUUAGAGUUCUGUGCUGGAGAAGCACCCCUAGAGCACUGCCCACCCACUGGUGGGAACACUCUGGAAGGGCACAGCUGUCCCUGAGAUUGAGCCCAGCACUUGCGUGUGAGAUUCCUCCUCUGAUCCCUUUCCUUCUCAUCUCGUUGGAACUGAGACCAGGAACAUACAUCAAGAGCAAGAGCUAUUUGUCAUGAGAAUGCUCAGCAGUCACCCCUUGGAGUCAAUGUCCUGAUUUCUACCCCCAGCCAGAAGGUGGACAGAAAUGAGGCUGCCUUUCAAAGAGAUCCUACUGCUUGCAGUUGCAAGCCAGCCCUUACGCCUCCUGCCCGCCUCACUGAAACCUGGCCCAGGUGAAAACCCCCAAAACAGCUCAGCUGGCCCCUCCAAAUAUGGACAGCGUGAAAGAGCAGAGCGCAGGAAGCAUCAGCCCCCCAAGGAGAGACACAUGGGUGCCCGAAAGAACAUCCCUUCUGCAAACCCUGGCAGCCCCUCUCCCCAUCUGCUGGGAAGCAGCACCCAGGAGGAAUCCACUCUCUCCUCAGACUCUGACCCCAAUGAGGAGUGCAAAGGAAGCUCACACCUGGGUAGGGAGAGGGCGGUUUCUCCGUGUGUUCUUAAUAUGUUCUCUGUAAAUAAUGCUUUUUCUACUUCCUGA